AUGGUUGGCAUAAAACUUGCCGCGACCUUCUUUGCGCUAUGUUGGGCGCCCGGAAUCCUAGCCAAGCUUGUUGCCCGACCAGAGCCCCCUAUGGCCCACCGCGACGGUGCUUCGAUCGAGGCCGUGGAAAUGGCGAAGGCCAGAGGCCCACCUAAGAGAGUGGAAGCACCACGGAAAGAGAUGAUGCCCAUCAUCCACAGGUCACAGCGGGAGGAGCUAGUCAGGCAAAAAUCUCUCAGCCCUGAGCAAGCUAGGUCUCAGGCAUCCUUAUCCAAGGAGAGGAUAGUCACUGAUAAAAAGACUAUCUGGGACGCCUUUUUCGGCGAAGACGACUCGGAAAGCGAAUACAAGCCGCCUCUUUACAGCACCUUCGAUAGACUUCUCCAGUUGAACAGCGAAAUAUGUUGUCCACUUAAACCCCUGGAGAAAGCUUUUGCUCGUGGCGUGAGCGCCAGGACGAUAGAUGAUAUCUGGGCUGGCUAUUGUACGAAGUGCGGCGAACUCGUGUUUCGCUACCCAGACGAGUGGCAGACCUGUUACUGCGGCGACUCGUAUGGCCAUGUUUGGUGCCCUCAUUGUGAUAAGACGGUUUGGCGCAGCCCCUCGAUAAUAGAGAAUUGCUUUUGCCCCAGCAGGAAGAGUACAACGCCAAAGGCAGGAUCUGGCGGGGCCGACACUGCCAAUACGGGGAAGAAUGACGGGCCGCCGACGUACCUCCAGAUCAGCGCCGAUGACCAGCAAAGAAUCCAGGACCUCAUCUCCAAACACGACGACGCCGGUCUCAAGGCCUUCCUAUUCAAGCUCGGCAUCGGCGGCGACAAUGACAAUGACAGCUCCGAUGACAAAGGCAUCACUCCCCUCAAGGAUACGCGGAAGGAAUACCAAGAGGGCGACCGCCCUUGGUCGGCUGCGGUCAAGGUUCUUAUGGAGGUGGGCGAAUGCUCCGGACUCAUCGUUGGGAAAUGGCUUGUGCUGACGGCAAAGCAUUGUUCACCCCAAAAAGGCGCAGUGGUGUAUCCUGACGUCUUUAACAAUUUGGAUGAGGAUAAGAAAGCUACCGUCGUCAGCGUGGUCGAUGCCGUCGCCCGGAAGGAUGACGAGGGGGCAAAUGACCAUGACUGUUACGGCGUCAUGGAUGAUUGGUCUCUCAUGGUGGUGGACAAGCCCAUCGGGCAGGACUUCCACAUCAAAAUAUGGGACAUGAGCACGCCCUUGCCUGAGGGCGAGCCACUCUACUCGAACGCAGGCUACUCAGGCAAGUGGCACGACGGCUGGCUGCCCACCAAGCAGGACGGGAUUGCCAUCUGGCCGGGCAAGCGAGGCUGCGACCUGUACGGGCCCUUACGCGCCAACUCUUUUACAGCACCGGGGUUGUCAGGCAGUUCGCUUCUAUACAAAGACAAUGCGAAUGAAUGGUUCUCCACGGGUGCUCUGUACGGGUCGUUAUACGACGACGACGAGCACACCAAGCGACUCUGCAGUCUGUAUUCGACCGGGCCGGGCCUCUAUGGCGCGUGGCAGUUGCUGACUCUCCUGACGAAGGACCUCAGGACGAUUAGGAACUACCAGAGCAUGAAGCCCGGCAGAUUUUAG